GAAGAAGCAUUAAGCGGCAUCAGUCAUGUGCGGGAUAUGGGCUAUAUUCGGAAGCGAUGAUGAUGUUGCCAUCCAAUGUAACGCUGCACAUAAGAUUACCCACAGAGGGCCGGAUGCCUUCCGACUGGAAACGAUCCAUCACUUCCCAAACUGUGCCCUCGGCUUCCACCGGUUAUCCAUCGUUGACGAUUUAGCGGGAAUGCAACCCAUGAGAGUUUUUAAGUAUCCACACAUCUGGUUGAUGUACAAUGGAGAGAUUUAUAACCAUAAACUUCUGGAGGAGCAGUUUAACUUUGACACCUCUACUGAGUGUGACGGGGAGGUUAUUAUUCACCUGUACGCUCAUGGAGGCGCUGAGUAUGCCGCAAAACAUUUGGACGGCGUGUUCGCCUUCAUCAUCUUAGACACAGCAGAACGCAAGCUAUACGUAGGUCGGGACACAUUUGGCGUUAGACCAUUGUUCAAAGCUUAUAUAGAAGAUAAGAAAUUCCUCGCCAUCUGCUCAGAAGCAAAAGGUCUGAUGCCCUUAAAACAGGUGUCCGAUAGCGAUGUAGAGAUAACACCUUUCCCUCCUGGUCAUGUGGAAGCAUAUAGCCUCGAUUUGAAUGGAAGGGCUACAUAUAUAAACACUACACGUUUCAAUAAAAUUGGAGAAUGUCCAGCAUAUAAAACAAUAGUUAAUCCUAGAGAUGAUGACAUUCUCGCUAGCAUACGAGAUCUGCUGGAGGCUGCAGUACAGAAGAGGACUAUGGCAGAAAGGCGGAUCGGCUGCUUGUUGUCCGGUGGUCUUGAUUCUAGUUUAGUUUCUGCUUUAUUUGCAAGAAAAGCCAAAGAGCUUGGAAUUAAGUAUCCCAUACAAACAUUUUCUAUCGGUAUGGAAGGGAGCCCAGAUUUGUUAGCGGCAAGGAAGGUUGCUAACCACAUAGGGACUGAGCACCACGAGAUUGUAUUUACUCCAGAUGAGGGCAUUGAGUGUCUGGAAUCAGUCAUAUUUCACCUGGAGAGUUAUGACAUUACAACAGUCAGAGCAUCUGUUGGAAUGUUUUUGCUUAGUAAAUACAUAAUGGAGAAAACUGACACUCGGGUAAUUUUAUCCGGGGAGGGGGCAGACGAAGUGAUGCAAGGUUAUAUAUACUUCCACAAGGCCCCCUCCGCCACGGAGGCAGACAUAGAGAGCAGGCGGCUCUGUAAGGACCUGUAUAUGUAUGAUGUACUGCGAGGGGACAGGUCCACCGCAGCCUGGGGCAUGGAAAUUCGUGUUCCCUUUUUGGACCAUCGACUCAGCAGCUAUAUACUUUCACUAUCACCGGAAAAAAGACAACCACGUAGCAGCAUAGAAAAGUAUCUACUCAGAGCAGCCUUUGACAAAACAGAAUUAUUGCCACACAACAUAUUAUGGAGACCGAAGGAGGCUUUCAGUGAUGGUAUUUCAAGUGUAAAAAGGUCAUGGUAUGAAAUUCUCCAGGACCACCUUUGCGAUCAGAUAAAUGACAAGGAAUUGCAGGAAGCACCUGCUGUAUACCCACACAACACUCCGCUGACGAAGGAGGCUCUGUACUAUAGGAAACUCUUUGAGAAGUUUUACCCAGGGCGGGCCGAGUGGAUACCUUACUUUUGGAUGCCCAGAUGGACGGAGACCACUGAUCCCUCCGCUAGAACCCUCAAACACUAUAAACAUGAGUAGCUAACCACCAGCUUUAUAAGUGAAUGGAGUUUAAGCAGGCUUCUGAUAAAUACGUUCAUGUUAAAUGGAUUUCUGCAACCUUGUUUAAAGUUAGCAAUGCAAAAAUUCCAUGGAUAUUACUAGUAUAUUGACCUAUUUUUACGAAUAUAUUCUAGAUCAUACAACAUAUUUCAGAAGUAUAGUGUGAAUCAGAAUCUCAAAAACUUAAUUAAAAUAAAGAAUUUCCUCAUGAUAGUUUAAAA